UCUCCCUCUACUUGAGGUUCUAUCUAUGAUCAAGAAAGCAGUUAUCACUACUUCAAACCAAUCAAUAAUCACACUGAUAGAGAAAUGCAAGAACAUGAAAGAGAUCAAACAAAUCCAUGCCCACAUCAUUACACAAGGCAAUUUCUCAACUUUCCACCACCACAACCACCGGCGCCACCACACUCCGCCGGAGAUCUUAAAGUUGGUCACAUUUUACGCCAUUUCAUCAUCUGGUGGAAACUUAGCUUACGCUAAAGCAAUUUUCGACCAUCAACAAUACCCUGCUGUCGCCCUUUACAACACCAUCAUCCGAGGAUUCUCUGUCUCUUCAAGAAACCAUGACCUCGAACCUUUCGCACUCUACCAACGAAUGCUUUCAUGUUCCUUACGUCCCAAUAACUACACCUUCACUUUUCUAAUCAAAGCAUGUGUCAAGUUCCCGAUUAUUCACUACGGGAUGCAAGUUCAUACCCAUGUUGUUAAAUUCGGAUUUGAAUCCGAUUCUCAUAUUCAAUGUACCAUGAUUCGUUUCUAUGGUAAUUGGAAUCAAUUAGAUGCUGCCCAGAAGUUGUUUCAUAUAUGUUCUCGAAAUGAUAUUGUUUCCAUGAAUUCUAUGAUUGAUGUUUAUGUCAAGUGUGGAGAAAUGCAACAAGCCCGGCAGAUGUUUGAUACAAUGCCCGUACGAGACCUCGCUUCGUUUAACACGAUGAUCAAUGGGUAUGGAAUAUCAGGGAGUGUCAAGGAUGCUAGAAACCUGUUUGAUGAAAUGUUUGAAAGGAAUUUAGUGACAUGGAAUUCAAUGUUGGCGGUUUAUGUUAAUUGUGGGAUGAUGGAGGAUGCUUACAAAGUGUUUCAGGACAUGCCGUAUCGGGAUGUUAUAUCGUGGAACGCUAUGUUAACUUGUUACGCGCAGAAUGGGAAGCCAAAUGAGGCUAUUGCUUUGUUUGACGAAAUGCAGGUUGCAGAUGUAAAGCCUGAUGAAUCGACGGUUGUUAGCUUGUUAUCCGCCUGUGGACAAUUGGGAAUGCUUGAUAAGGGUUUGCAGGUGCUUUGUUAUGUUGAUGAUUGUGAAGUUGAGAACAAUCCAAUAGUUGGGACGGCUUUAGUGGACAUGUAUGCUAAAUGCGGUAUCAUUUCUCGUGCAAUUGAAGUUUUCGAUUUAAUCAAGAGAAAAGAUGUUCUGGCUUGGAACACUAUGAUAACCGGCUUAGCCAUCCACGGUUACGCCAAAGAGGGUCGAGUAUUGUUUGAGAGGAUGCAAAAGGAAGGUUUUGUUCCGAAUGAUAUGACUUUCGUGGCAUUGCUCAGUGCUUAUCGUCAUGCUGGAUUGAUAGAAGAAGGCAGGAGGCUGUUGUCUUGCAUGAGUAGAACUUACGGAAUUGAACCGAAGGAGGAACAUUAUGGUUGCGUGGUUGAUCUUUUAGCUAGAACCGGGCGAUUAGAGGAAGCUAUGUGUAUGAUAAGAGAAAUGCCAUUGGAAAUCAAUGCUAGCAAUUGGGGAUCAUUGCUUGGAGGAUACAAAAUACAUGGAUAUUCUCAAGGGAGUGAAAGUGUUGGAAAUUGCUUGAUUGGUCUUGAACCCCUUCAUAGUGGACGCUAUAUCAUUCUCUCAAAUAUGUAUGCUUCUGCAAAGCGAUGGGAAGACGCUGCAAGAGUGAGGAACCUUAUGAAAUCUAGACAUGUUUGCAAGGCACCAGGAAUGAGCAUGAUAGAAAUAAAGGGCAUUGCUCAUCAGUUUGUGGCUGGCGAUACGUCUCAUCCUGAUCGCGUUCUGAUCUAUAAGACAGUAGGUGAAAUCUUGGACCGUCUGAAAGUUACAGAUGGAUAUCUGCCAGAUGUGGAACAUGUUUUUCUCGACAUAGAAGAGGAAGAGAAAGAGCAUUCCUUAUCUGUUCACAGUGAGAAGCUGGCCAUCGCUUACGGAUUACUGCAUUCCCAUGACGGAGAAACGAUAAGAGUCAUUAAAAAUCUUAGAGUAUGCAGUGACUGUCACAAUGUCUUGAGAAUGAUCUCAUCUGUUUAUAGACGGGACAUCAUUAUGAGGGACAGGAUUCGAUUUCACCACUUCAAAGAUGGAUUAUGCUCUUGCCAAGAUUUUUGGUAG